AUGUACCGAGAUUUCAUACAAAAACUCCACGAUAAUGGAUUCAAAACAGACAUCAAAUGCUUUCCAGAAGAUCCUUAUUCAACACAUGUUAAUAUAUUUUUUAUGUUUCCACCCGAAGAAAUGUAUUUUUAUAUAAGUAUUGAUAAUUCAACUGUCACCAUUGUCGAAGAUAAAGUGAUAAAAUUUUGUCGGGCUGACGAUGUCGAUGAUUGUGAAGCAUACGGAUAUAAUAGAAACUACAAGAGAACAACUUUAGAAGGAAAAACGUUACCUAUAUUAGCUCGUCAAACUAAAAAUCAACUAGAAGUUAAAAUGUCAAUGAACGGUUAUGAACUGAAUCCUGAAGUGUAUUUAUCAAAAUUUACAUUGUUGCUUGCAGAAGCUCUUAAGUGCAAAUUCGAAGUAGCAAGCACAUCCUUCUUUACUGAGGUAAAUUCCUUGUUAUAUGUUAUAACUUUUUAUUUACAUUGUUUUUACGUUUAGAGUUAUUUUUAUAACAUUUAUAAUGCAACUAGUAUAAAGAAAAAUAAAUUCUGUAGCAACUCCU